AAGCAAGAAUAUGGCCAAGAUUAGCACCCAAUACUCCCACUCCUCAGCAGCCCACCGUGCGGUAAGGACCAUGGACAGAGAUCUGGAUCACGUUGAAAAUGGCCUCAGCAGGACCCACUCGCCAUGCGAGGAGACAUCAUCAGAACUGCAGCAAGGAAUCACCAUGGAGACCAGAGGACUGUCUGAAUCCAGGCGAAGGUCCUUCACUGGCCAGGGGCCUGCCAGGUUGUCACGCCUCAUCAUCUCGCUGCGCGCCUGGACCGCCAGGCACGUACACCACCAAGACCAGAGACCUGACUCUUUUCUGGAGCGUUUCCAUGGAGCCGAGCUCAAGGAGGUGUCCAGCCGAGAAAGCAAUGCCCAGUCAAACGUGGGCAGCCAGGAGCUACCCAACAGAGGGAGGAGGAAAAAGAGAAAGAAGAAGGAACCCAUUGUGGUGGACCCCUCCAGCAAUGUGUACUACCACUGGCUGACUGUCAUUGCCCUGCCUGUCUUCUAUAACUGGUGUCUGCUAGUGUGCAGGGCCUGUUUUGAUGAGCUUCAGUCCGACCACCUGAUGCUGUGGCUGGUCCUGGACUACUCAGCAGAUGUCCUGUAUGGCUUGGAUGUGCUGGUGCGAGCCCGAACAGGGUUCCUUGAGCAAGGCUUGAUGGUCAAGGACACCAAGAGGCUUUGGAAUCAUUACACAAAGACCUUGCACUUCAAGCUGGACCUGUUGUCCCUGGUGCCCACGGACCUGGCUUAUUUUAAGCUGGGCAUGAACUACCCAGAACUGAGAUUCAACCGCCUACUGAAGUUUGCCCGGCUCUUUGAAUUCUUUGACCGCACGGAGACAAGGACCAACUACCCCAAUGUGUUCAGGAUUGGGAACUUGGUCUUGUACAUCCUCAUCAUCAUCCAUUGGAAUGCCUGCAUCUACUUUGCCAUUUCCAAGUUCAUUGGUUUCGGGACAGACUCCUGGGUUUACCCAAACAUCUCAAAACCUGAGUAUGGGCGCCUCUCCAGGAAGUACAUUUAUAGUCUCUAUUGGUCCACCUUGACCCUGACCACCAUCGGUGAGACCCCACCCCCUGUGAAAGACGAGGAGUAUCUCUUUGUGGUCGUAGACUUCCUGGUGGGCGUCCUGAUUUUUGCCACCAUUGUGGGCAAUGUGGGCUCCAUGAUCUCGAACAUGAAUGCUUCCCGGGCUGAGUUCCAGGCCAAGAUUGACUCCAUCAAGCAGUACAUGCAAUUCCGCAAGGUGACCAAGGACUUGGAGACACGUGUUAUCAGGUGGUUUGACUACCUGUGGGCCAACAGGAAGACGGUGGAUGAGAAGGAGGUGCUCAAGAGCCUCCCAGACAAGCUGAAGGCCGAGAUCGCCAUCAAUGUGCACCUGGACACUCUCAAGAAGGUCCGCAUCUUCCAGGACUGCGAGGCGGGACUGCUGGUGGAACUGGUGCUGAAGCUGCGACCCACAGUGUUCAGCCCUGGGGAUUAUAUCUGCAAGAAGGGGGACAUUGGGAGGGAGAUGUACAUCAUCAAGGAGGGCAAGCUGGCUGUGGUGGCUGAUGAUGGGAUCACCCAGUUCGUGGUCCUUAGUGAUGGGAGUUACUUUGGGGAGAUCAGCAUCUUAAACAUUAAGGGGAGCAAGUCGGGGAACCGCAGAACCGCCAACAUCAGGAGCAUCGGUUACUCAGACCUGUUCUGCCUUUCCAAGGAUGAUCUGAUGGAGGCUCUCACUGAAUACCCUGAUGCCAAGAAGGCCCUGGAGGAGAAGGGACGGCAGAUCCUGAUGAAGGACAACCUGAUUGACGAGGAACUGGCCAAGGCCGGGGCGGACCCCAAGGACAUCGAGGAGAAGGUGGAGCACCUGGAGUCCUCCCUGGACAUCCUGCAGACCAGGUUUGCACGGCUCCUGGCCGAGUACAACUCCACCCAGAUGAGAGUGAAGCAGCGUCUCAGCCAACUGGAAAGCCAGGUGAAGAUCUAUGGGACGGACCUCCCAUCUGAUGGGGAAGCUCCCGGGGGUGCUACAAAAACAGAGGCCAAACAACAGUGAAAAUGCAGAUGUCUGUCUCCUGCCUCGCAGGGUCAGCUGUCAGAGGGAUGCUGUGUGGCCGCAGGUACAUGACACAGGACGUGGCCAGGGUUGAAUUCCAGCUCUCUUACCCUUUGUAAGCUGUGUGGCCUUGGGAGAGAGCCUCGGUUUCCUCAUCUGGAAAAUGGGACUCAUUACUUCGGCCCCAGUUAGGUGCCAGGUUGUUGUGAGGUCCACAUGGAACACUGCGUGAGGGCUUUGUAAAGUGUGAGGCGUCCCCAACCCAAGCGUAGGAAAGCGCGUGCACAGAACUCUUAUUUUUUUUAAUCCAUGAGGAAUUUUUAGAGUUUGGAACUUCAUUUCAUUUUCUUCUAAAUGGAAUAUUAUGUAGUCACCGUCCCCCUCCCAUACGUCACUCCACCACCUCUGCUGAGGGAGAUAUAACCUAAACUGGAAGUACAAUGUGGUAACUCAACUUCAACCUUACACGAGACACUUUGGGGCAUAUUUCUGAAUCUGGUAUCUCCGCACAUGCUCUUUGGGACCCUAGAAACCCUGGCCUUUGGUCGUGCUGUGACAAGUACGAGGGAUAAAGUGAGGUCACCCCACGUCUGUGAAUCAAAUCCAGCCUCCCUGCCCUCCGGCCCCUGUGAAACCAGAGUCUGUUUCAGGGGAAAGAGCAUCUCAGUUAGGGAAAGAGACCCUUCUGUCUUACUCGCCAAAGGGAUUCAGAGACAGCCUCUCUCCUCAUCCUUGGGCCGGGCUCUGGGGCAGCCUGUUCUGGCUGCAGGAGGAGAGCUGUCCUCAGGGUGAGCCUUUCAGGUUGGAGGCUGGAAUGGGGUCCUAAGCCAAACAAAGGUGACAACAAGAACUUUUAGAAGAUGAGGCCCUUAGGCCAUGUCUUUGCAAACAGACCCUCUACCCCCAAAGAGGAAGCCUCACUGCCCCUUGGAAUUCCAUCCCGAGGUGAAGCUCUUAGCUAGCCAAAAGCGUGCAGAGUACAGAACCUAGCUUUCUUUUUUUUUUUUAACCAAGUGAAUAGAAUACCAUUAGCAUUUUAUAAGAUAUUUAUAUAUUUGGGCUCUAUGAUUGUGAAUUAUGACCUCAAUGGUCUAUCCUUUGCUUACAAAUACAUAUUGUAAAUUACCCAAAGAUGAGUUAUUUUCCUGAUGCAGAGAAGCCAUAUAUGCAGGUUUCCCUUCUCUUCUCUCCAAUCUCUCUCCUUCCUUCCUUCCCUUCUUUUCCUCCUCCUCUUCCUCCUCUUCCCCUUUCUUUUUCUUUUCUCUUUUUAGAUAAAAUGGCCCUCUUUGCUCUGGCAACUUUGAAGUCUCUGUGGUCUGACAUUAUGAUCUAUGUAACCAGGCCCUAGUGUAGUUCAUGCGAGAGGUGCUGCAUUUUCAAGUAUGUAUUUUGGAUUUAUAUGGGUCUCUCCUGGUUUGUAUUAUGGAUCAUUUGACCCUUUUAACUUUUUAAAGUAGAUUUAAAAGGUCUACUAAAGGAAGAUGUGAUCCAAGCUCAUAUCAAUAGCAAAAUGAAACUAGCAAUGUAUUCUCAAAAUGCACAUAUUUUAAAAGCCUUAACUAUUAAUUAUGCCUACAUUCAUAUUUGCACAGGAAAAAUAAA